AUGGCAAGCCAGCCCCUCAAGAGACGAGCGGUCGUUUCCUCGUUGAUCUUCCGGUUCCCCCACGGCGAUCUCGAAAGGCCCCAAGUGGCGCUGUUCAGGCGGAGUGAUAAAGUGAGCACGUACCGUCACCACCUCGCCCCUAUAUCCGGUAGUAUCGAGAAUCACGAAACUGCUAUCGAGGCAGCAUGGCGCGAGCUUCGAGAAGAAACAACGUUGACGUCGCAAUCAUUAGCACUGUGGCGAACCGGGAAGGCGUUUACCUUUAGCGAUGAAUCCGUGCAGCGCGAAUGGACGGUGCAUCCCUUCGCGUUUCGGUUGAAGACGCUCGAGGAAGGGGGCAAAGGCGAACAGGGCCUUCGUAUUGAUUGGGAACAUGAAGGAUGGCAGUGGCAUGAUCCGGCCGAUAUCGUGGAUGACCCUUCUUUUCCCGGUGUCCCCAGACUGGUCGAUACGCUGAGACGCGUGUAUUUCGAGAAAGACUUCUCCGAGCCCGCGGCGAGGGCAUUGGCGAAGGGGCUACGCACGCUGAUGGAUGACCACGUGAGCGGCUCGAGGCAGUUGACAACUAUUGCCCUCCAGAUAUUCAAGGAAUUCAUCAGCCAGAUGCCGGACAAUAAGGUGGAUGAGAAAUGGUGGGACACAGUCCGAAUGGGAGCAUGGCAUCUCUCUAAGAACGGCCGUCCGUCCAUGAGCGCAGCCAUCCUGAACGGACUGCUGACCAUCCUCGACGAGCUCGAAGAAACUGUCAAGCAAAACACAGACGACAAGGAGAAGUUCACCACCAUCCUCUCCAUCAUCGACAGACACAUCGCGAACCGCGCCGGCAUGACGCAACGCAUCAAAAACUUUCUUGCAAACUACCUCCGCUCCAAGUCCUUCUCCGCCGACGAAGACAGGAAUAGCGUCCGAAUCCUCACCGUCUCCUCCAGCUCCACCAUCCACGACACAAUCCUCGACGCCUUUGCUGACUUAGACGCCGAAAUUCUCGACCUCCGCAUCCUGGAAUCCCGCCCUCUCUAUGAAGGCGCCGCCCUCGCCGCCUCCCUCGUCUCCCAGUUCAAAUCUCGCAUCCAAUCCUCACAACUCCCGUCAGACAAGAAACUCCAGAUAUCCCUCUACACAGACGCCUCCGCCGUCACAGCAGCAGACAAAGCUGGCGUCCUUCUCCUCGGCGCAGACCGCAUCUCCUCCUCGGGCGGCGUAUGCAACAAGAUCGGCUCCCUCCCCGCCGUCCUCGGCGCAACAUACACCUGGCCCAAUCUGGACGUCGUCGUUCUCACUGAGACCGAUAAGAUCAGCCCCGCCGACGAGAUUCUUCUGGAAGAGAAUGAUCCUAGGGAAGUCACCGCCAGUUGGCGCACGGGUCACGUCAAGGGCAUAGAUGUUCUCGAGCCCUAUCUAUCUCACCACGAGGACGGCAAUAUUACCGUCCACAUCAAGAAUAUCUAUUUCGAGUGGGUGCCGUUGAGGCUGAUCAAUACUAUUAUUUGCGAAGAUGGGAUUCUCGAUACCAGUGCCAUUGAGACUAAAUCGAAGCAGAUUGAUGCCGGCGUCAGCAGAAUGUUUGGGGGGUUGUAG